UUCUUCUCGAGUAAGUCAAGUCUGAUAUAUACAUGUACCAUGGUAAAUGCAAAACUGGGAGGUAAGAAGGGAUCUGUGAAGAAGAAGAAGAAGAAUGAAGGGAAGUUAUGAUUACUACAAAGUGUUGGGCUUUAAUCGGAAGUUCAAGAUUACUGAACGGCGGCCACCGCCGGACGUGAUCGAAGCAUUUAGUUUGUGCACAAACCGAGAGUCAGAGAUGUCGCCGGAUCAGUUCCGGCGGUUCUUGAUCGAGUUUCAGGGAGAAGACGAGGUCGCGAUCGAUGAUGCGAAGCUGAAAAUGGAUCAAGUGCUGCUCCACUUCCGACCCAACUUUACACGCUGCUCUUUCACUGUUGAUGAUUUCUUCAAAUACCUGUUCCUCGAUGACCUCAAUGGACCCAUCACAUCUCAGGUACACCAUGAUAUGACUGCACCCUUGCAACAUUACUUCAUAUAUACAGGCCACAACUCCUACCUUACAGGAAAUCAGCUCAACAGCGAUUGUAGUGAUGUACCAAUCAUAAAAGCUCUUAGAAGAGGCGUGAGGGUGAUAGAGCUCGAUUUAUGGCCAAAUAGUUCAAAAGACGGAAUUCAUGUUCUUCAUGGGAGGACUAUGACAACUCCGGUAGAUCUAUACAAAUGUUUGAAGUCCAUCCAUGAGCAUGCUUUUGUGAGUUCUCCUUAUCCAGUAAUCAUAACUUUAGAAGAUCAUCUUACACCGGAUCUUCAGGCUAAAGUUGCAGAGAUGGUGACGGAAAUUUUUGGAGAUGUACUUUACUGCCCCGAGGCCGGAGAUAAUGAUGAAUUCCUUUCGCCUGAUGCAUUAAAGCAUCGUAUCAUUCUUUCAACAAAGCAACCAAAAGAGUACCUCGAAUCUAAGCAAGAUUCGAGCUCAAGUGAAGAAGAUUUGUUGGUUGUGGGGAAAGCGACACCAUCUGACAUAAAAAACAGGACGGCAGCUGAUGAAGCGUCGUCCCGCUUUCUUGUCGUUGACUCUGAAGAUGAAUCUGAUGAAGAAGCUGAAGAUGAUGAAGAUGUGGAAAAUAAGAAGUCUGGACAGAAAGCAGUUCUUGAGUACAAGCAACUGAUAGGAAUUCAUGCAAUAAAAGCAAAGAAUGGAUUAAAGAAAGCGUUAAUGGUGGGAUCUGGGAGAGGCAAACGUCUUAGUUUGAGUGAACAAACUCUUGAAAGAGCUGCGUCUCUUUAUGGAACUGAUUUAGUCAGGUUUACUCAAAAGAAUAUUCUUAGGGUUUUCCCUAAAGGAACACGGGUUACCUCAACGAAUUUUAGACCACUUGAGGCAUGGAUGCAUGGUGCUCAGAUGGUCGCGUUCAAUAUGCAGGGUUAUGACAAAUCACUUUGGAUGAUGCAUGGAAUGUUUCGAUCCAAUGGAGGGUGUGGUUAUGUUAAGAAACCUGAUUUUCUGAUAGGUAGAGAUCCUAAUGACGAGGUGUUCGAUCCAAAAGCAACAUUAGAAGUGAAGAAAAUUUUGAGGGUGAAAGUAUAUAUGGGUGAUGGGUGGCGCAUGGAUUUUAGCCAAACUCAUUUUGAUGCAUUCUCCCCACCGGAUUUCUACACAAAGAUGUACAUGGUUGGAGUCCCAACGGAUGACACCAAGAAAAAGACGAGAAUAAUCAAAGAUGAUUGGAUACCGAUUUGGGAUGAAGAGUUUACAUUCCCAUUAACAGUCCCUGAGUUGGCUUUAUUGAAGAUUGUUGUACGAGACUAUAAUAUAUCUGAGAAAGAUGACUUUGGUGGUCAAACAUGUUUGCCUGUGUCAGAAAUUGAAACUGGGAUUCGAACAGUUCCACUCCAUAACAAGAAAGGGAAGAAAUUUGAACAUGUCAAGCUUCUUAUGCGAUUUCACUUCGAAUAAAGGAUUUCUUCAUAUAAAAUACAUUUAUAUGUUGUCCCAUCCAUUGUGUUUUAUUUUCUUAAAGGAUUUGGAUUUGGAUAUGAUCAUCGUAACAAACAAAACUUGAUUGUUGAUUACAUUUUAUAGUAUUUUACCACUUUAAAA